AUGGAUGAGAAUUUCUUCCAGUUUUCCUCCAUUUCCGAUCCUCAAAACAUAAUCCCACAGGACGAAAGUUUGGAUUUUGUUCCCAUGGGAGGCAGCAGUAGUAAUAGAGGCCGGCAAAGAAGAUUGAUGGAGAGUGAAAAGAGAGAAAAUAGUAAUGAUGAGAAGAAGACGAUGCAUAGGGAUAUUGAGAGGCAAAGAAGGCAAGAAAUGUCCACCCUUUAUGCUUCUCUCCAAACCCUUCUCCCUCUUGAGUACAUCAAGGGAAAGCGUUCGAUAUCGGAUCAUAUGAACGGAGCAAUAAGCUACAUAAAGGACCAGCAGAAGAGGAUCGAUGAACUGAUUGCAAAGCGAGACCAGUUAAAGAAAGAAUUGGUCGAAUCAAGCGGUUUUCGCCAAGGGACGACGAGUUCUGACGAGGCUUUCCCGAGCAGUGUGGUGGUUCGCCGAUCUUUGGAAGACAGUGUUGAAGUCGUGGUCAGCACCGGUGUUGUUGCUCAAGAUUUGACCCUCUCCAGGGUGCUGCAACUACUGCUGGAGGAAGGGCUUGAUGUUGUCAACAGUAUCUCUACCAAGAUUGAUGGAGGACUGAUUCACACCAUAAAACUUGAGGUUAGUGAUCUGAGAGGCGUUGAUGUGCCUUAUCUGGAGCAGAAACUGAAUGAAGAAAUUUCAUCCUUCACUAAAACUACCUAGCCAAUA